AUGUCAAAGGCAAUUCUCUCCAUUCAGUCCAACGACUCUGCAAAGACCAACAAGGCAACCGUCAACCUUCUGCCUUGUCGAAUCCAUCACGAUGGACCCGUCGGCGAUGCCAGUACAUUUUGGAACCCUACCAAGUCACAAGAUGGGGAAACAGUAGCAUACUUCCGCGGGAGGAAGCUUCACGGCACGACGGUCAAGUUGCCGGAACAAUAUCGAGGCGUGGUUAUGGAGAGGAGCGACAAGGUGGAGACUCGGCAGCUCGAAGGAGAGAGCGAAGAGGCUGAGGGCGACCUCGUCGAGCUAGGUAUCAUGGACGUCAAGGCAGGGUUUGACGAGAUGGCCAUCUGGGGACACGAGUCGAGUGCAGAGGCGGCGUCUGAUCCGUACGUACGGAGUAUAGAGGAAUGGCUUGACGUGGCCGGGUCGAUACAUUCUUAUUCUCCGGAAGAUACCAAGACUGGUGCGUAG